AUGGUGUACGAACUUCGUGGAGCUGUUAGUGAAAUCAUUAAAGUAGCAUCUAAUGCCCGCAGGUACCGUUUUAUAAUCAUUCACUAAAUAAUUUUAUAUCACGAUCUUCAAGCGUUAAAAGUAUCAGAUAUUUUAUUGGAGUAAUUAAAGAAACUGUAUCAUUUUUUUCUGCAUCAACCAAAAUAACAGCGGUUUUAGGAAAAUAUGUUGGGCAUCAGUUGGCUUAUGCGAAACAAAAUUGGUCGUGAAACAUGAAGAAGUAAUGGGUUUCAAGCAAGAUAUGCAUAAAAUUAUUGAUGCAUUGUUGGAAACAUGGAGAGACUUUAAUACUUCUGGAGAAGCUAAAUCCCUAUUAAUAAUAUUAUGUGACAGUGAAAUUAUUGUUUCACUUUGUAGUCUCUCUCAUAUGCUUAGCUACUCUUUUCCACUAAGUAAAUUUUUUCAAAAAAACUCUAUUGAUUUACACGCAGCAGCCAAUAUAAUGAAAGAUAUACUAAAUAUUCUGUCAGAAUGCCGAGAAAACGUUUCUACUCAGUUUACAGAAAUUUAUAAAUCGUCUGAGAGUAUGGCUAAAACUCAAAAAGUUGAUUUGAAAAUCACAAGGAAUUAUUCAAGACAAACAAAUCGUACAAAUUAUCCAACCAAUAUUACAGUAGAAUAUUAUAAAUUAACCUAA